UAGUGCCGUGGUUCGGGAUCAGGAUCGUUCGAAAUUCAAACUGUGGAACAACGUGGCGUCCUGCAUGGAGAAAUGGUUCGGUGAUAAACGGCUGUGGUUAUUCGGUAACAACCUGCCGUUGCUGCCGAGGAGAUCGCGCGCGAGUAGCCGCGCGAUGGAGCGGUACGAGAAGCUCGCAAAACUCGGCGAGGGCUCGUACGGGCUCGUGUACAAGUGCCGCAACCGAGACACUGGCGAGAUCGUUGCCGUCAAGAAAUUCGUUGAGAACGAGGACGACCCGCUCAUACGGAAGAUUGCGCUGCGGGAGAUACGCAUGCUUAAGAAUCUGAAACACCCUAACCUGGUGAACCUGAUCGAGGUAUUCCGUCGCAAGCGCAAGCUGCACCUCGUGUUUGAAUACUGCGACCACACCGUACUUCACGAGCUAGAGAAAUAUCCAUCCGGCUGUCCAGAACUACUGUCGAAGCAGAUCAUCUGGCAAACGCUGCAGGGCGUCGCCUAUUGCCACCGGCACAAUUGCAUCCAUCGCGACGUGAAACCCGAGAAUAUACUGCUGACGAGUGACGGCGUUGUCAAACUCUGCGACUUCGGCUUCGCGAGGAUGAUCAGUCCCGGCGAGAGCUACACCGACUACGUGGCGACGCGGUGGUACCGCGCGCCUGAAUUGCUUGUCGGCGAUACCAUGUACAGCACACCUGUGGAUGUUUGGGCUAUUGGCUGCGUGUUUGCGGAGCUGCUAUCAAGCGAAGCACUAUGGCCGGGCAAAAGCGACUUGGACCAGCUGUACCUCAUUAGGAAAACCCUCGGCGAUCUACUUCCAAGGCAUAUGACCAUAUUCUCCCAGAACACAUUCUUUCAGGGCAUGGCGUUACCAGAACCGACUUCGUUUGAGCCCCUGGUGAAAAAAGUACCGCAAAGAUACGCCAACAACGAAUUGGUUUUAGAUUUUCUACACAAAUGCCUAGAUAAGGACCCGAUGAUGAGGUGGACGUGCGAACAGCUCCUGAGGCAUCCCAUCUUCGAGAACUUUCUCUUCACAGUGCCCCAUACAGACCACGAAGACUUUGAGAAGGCGAGAAGGACACAGGUGCAAUCAUCCCCAAUGCUGCCACAGCUGAUAGUGACAGAGCGAUCGCAGCCCAAGAAGAAGUCCGAGCUGGAGGCACGCGGACACCUGCCCACUAUAUGACUAGCGCCGCCCGCGCG